AUGUACGCCCUUCAUCUGACUAGCGAGGACAUUACCGAACUUGACCAUGCUCUGGAGGCAUUCAAAGCUCUCUGCCUCGACGGCGAUGAAGUAUCGAAAGAGAAUUUUCCGCUACCUCGUCUCGGCGAACGCCUCGAGAAAUGUUCAGAGGUCCUUCACAAGGGGACAGGAUUUUUUGUUAUGAAAGGCAUAGACAUGUCCCGCUACACCGUGGAGGAUAGCGUCGUCAUAUAUCUAGGUAUGGCGAGCUACAUUGCGGACCAGCGAGGCAUCCAAGAUCGAGAGGGCAACGUUCUAAGGCAUGUUACAAGCUCCAAGACGUGGGACGUACCGCCGGAGAAGCGUCACGGGAUUCACUCGAAUGCGGCCUUGCCGUUCCACAACGACAUGGGCUGCGAUAUUCUUGGACUCCAGGUGCGCCACUGCGCUCACAGGGGGGGCUCUACCUUUGUCAGUUCCGCGGCAAGCAUCUUCAACGAGCUGCUCAGCAAGGAGCCCCAAGUCGUCCGGACGUUGUUUGAGCCCAACUGGCCCGUCCAAUGCUCUGGGCGUAAUGCUCAACACCAUUACUUGGCGCCAGUCAUGGCAUGGCAUGAUGGCCGGUUGAUGACCUGCAUGGACCCCAAUAGAUUUGGUCCCCAUCCGGCGUCCGGUGGAUCGUCCAUCCCUGUACUGACUCAGGACCAGAAGUAUGCCCUUGAGAAAUUGGAAGAGGCUGCCUGGGCCACGGAGCUGGAGCUUGAUCUGGCGCGUGGGGAUGUGUUGUUUUUGAAUAACUGGGCGCUCCUCCACCGCCGCGAGGCCUACGAGGACAAUGAGUUAACAUGUCGCCAUCUGAUCAGACUUUGGCUACGGAGUACGCAGCAUGGAUGGCACGUUCCCCCCGAAAUGCGGCUUCCUUGGCAGACUGCGUACAACGACAAGAUCCAGCCUCGGAUUUACGCCUUGCAUCCGUCCCCGACGUACUCGACGCCCAAGUACUCGGUGGGAUCGGCCGCGUUUCUCCUAUACGACGACUAG